UACUGUUGUAACUUGUAAGUGUUUUUGUUCAACGAAAAAGAAACUUCAAAUAAGAAAAUGGCAUCAAACAAAAACUCCUUCAUCUUGGUUCUUUGCCUAUGUGUUCUCUUGACCUCAGAGUUGGGAGGAGAAGCAAAAAGUAUGAAUCCAACGGGGAGAAAAUGCCCAGACCCUAACGGUGUGGACAGAAAGAGUGAAUGUGCCAUUUAUUGUACGACACAAGGUUUUAUGGGUGGUUCUUGUCAAGGCUACAAGGGCCACUAUAUGUGCGAGUGUUAUGAAGGCUAAAUACAACAACAUUCCCAUUUGAUUUCAACCAUUGUAUUUGUUUUCUUGAAUCACUAUCACAAUAUCUUAAGAAUAAGUUAGUGUUAUCUUAAUAAAAGUGUAAUCUGAAUAUAUAUGUCGUUUAGUUUUUAAUCUUCUC